AUGCCAGCCAUGGCGGACCGUUUGUCAGAAAGCGAAGGGAGCUCGGAUGGAGAGUCCACGAUGUCGGAGGAGCCGGAGGUGGCGAACGUCGAUCUAGCAGCAUCCUAUCGCCCUGAAGGCGUGGUUAUGCUGACGGAGGAGCUGGCUCAAGAGGACUCGAGCCCGAAAAAGAAGCGGCACCUUACUCCAAACAUUAAGGCGUUGAUUGUGACUGCAUUUCUCUUCACGACGAUCACCGUCGCACAGGUGGCUGCAGCAAGAAUCGCCAAUUCGCAGGCCUUGUUGAUGGACUGUAUUUCGAUGGGCGUGGACGCUCUGACCUACAUGGGCAACAUCUGGGUAGAGUGCCGGAAGCGAGACGGCGCACCCCACGAGGGCUCGCAGGUCAUUGUUUGUCUGAUCUCCUUGAGUUGUUUGAUCUAUUUCACCGCGGAUGCCUCACAGGAGAGCCUCGAGACCAUUGGUGGUUGCAAAGGUCUGACAGCUUACGACAAGUCAGGAGAUGAUGUCAAUGGCAAAAUUACACUUGCAUUCGGUGCGGGGGGAGUCGUGUUUGACGUCCUGUCGCUAUGGGCCUUUUGCCGCAGCCGCCGGAAAGAGGGCCACACAGUCAACAUGUUCACGGCACUCUUGCAUGUUGGGGCCGACUUCCUGCGCUCGGUUUCGACGGUGGUCAUGUCCCUCCUGAUCCUGAUCGGAAAGUUUGACUCCACCUGCCUUGAUGCCUACACCAGCAUGGUGAUCGGCGCUUCCAUUGUCGCUGGAGCCCUCGUUGGACUUGUGAACUUGGGAGCCCUUGUCCGGCAAUGGGCACGAAAGAUCAGGAGUCGGAGCACUGACGAGUAG